UCAACACUAAACUGCUUAUUGGUUUUCAAAUUGCUGAUAAAUGCCAAUUUUCAAACUACUCUUAUAAAUAAACCUGGACAAGGUUUUAUUUAUUUUUACCAUAUAACUUGCAGCACAGAUAGAAUGAGUGAAUCGACAAUUUUAGAAGUUGUGAAAAAGAACUUCAAGGACCACCUUAUUCUUGGGGAGGAAGGUGGCCUUAUUGGAGACUCGAUGUCAGACUAUCUAUGGUGCAUUGAUCCUUUAGAUGGAACAACAAAUUUUGCACAUGGCUAUCCCAGCUUUGGAGUAUCAGUGGGAGUUCUGUUCCGUGGGAAGCCAGCUGCUGCAUCUGUGGUUGAAUUUGUGGGUGGGCCCAUGUGUUGGAAUACUCGCACAUUUAGUGCAUCUUCUGGUGGUGGAGCCUUUUGUAAUGGACAAAAGAUUCAUGUUAGUCCGACUGAUCAAGUGGAACGUUCGCUCUUGGUAACUGGAUUUGGAUAUGAACAUGAUGAUGCAUGGGCAACCAACAUGAAUUUAUUCAAGGAAUUUACUGACAUUAGCAGGGGUGUGAGAAGACUUGGUGCUGCUUCUGUUGAUAUGUCUCAUGUUGCUCUCGGUAUUGUGGAAGCCUACUGGGAAUAUCGUCUUAAGCCAUGGGACAUGGCUGCUGGUGUCCUGAUAGUUGAAGAAGCUGGUGGGGUUGUCACACGCAUGGAUGGUGGAAAGUUCACAGUCUUUGAUCGAUCUGUUCUGGUGUCCAAUGGUCUUGUUCAUGAUAAGCUCCUGGAGAAGAUAGGUCCUGCAACUGAAGAAUUGAAAAGGAAAGGAAUUGAUUUCUCCUUAUGGUUUAAGCCAGAAGAUUAUGCUACAGAUUUUUGAGUUUGAUAUUGUCUGUGGGGCUUAGGUACAAUGGCUAGCAUGAUCUUGUUGAUUCAGCCUUCACAUAGUUUUGAAAGUGAAAAUAUGUUCAUAAAUAUCUCAUCAUAUUCAGCUUCCGAAGAGUUCAUGGAUCAAACCAGACCUGUUUCUACCUUGAGUGUAGUAUAAACCUAUAUUUUUAUAUCAGGGCUGUUAAUAAAGCGCGAGCCUUCCAGCCUA